UUGUGACGGAUUUAACGUCCACAAUAUGGGAAGUCUACUUCACUGGGAACAGGAGCUAUUUGUACAGCUAGUGAUUAUAGAUGGAGAAAUAAAUUACCGCCUUCUGUAGAACAAAUGUCUUUUACAUUAUCUGUUUGUAGACUUGUGUCAACGUGGCUUGUCAGAGAAAAGAUAGGAAGCGUAAACACCAGCCGAGAAAUGGCUCAUGUGUCAGACCAUUUGGUAGUUGGCUGUCCAGGUAGACCUGAUGAGUCAAUAAAUCGUCCAGGUAAGGCUUCAGCGAGCCAUCACCUGAAGAGUUAAACUAGGUGAUUGACUGAGGGAUUAGGAGCUGGUUGGUCGUUAGCUGGUACGACAAACACAGGUAAACCUCAGGUUGGUGUGGGCGUUAGGAUGGAGAGGAAUUUACCUGGAUAAAGGUGUGAGGUGUGUGACACCAUUGACCUGAGCAAUCUUGCAGGUUCUCCAGCACCCGACCAAUGAUACCCAGAUGACCAGCAGUUCUGCAUGGACAUUGAUACUGGCCAUUAUACAGGUUCCACAGCCGACUAGGAGCUCUGAUCAUUGACCUCAGCCAUCAGAACGCUCUCCCUCACACCUGACCACAGCAGCUCUAAUGGGUCAAAUAUACAUCCAUUAACAUGAAGAUGUCGCUGAAACUCUCAGAAGAGCAGAUCAGUGGUUGCCGCCGGGGAUCAGACAUAGAUAUUGAGGCAAUAUUUGGUGGUCAUAUUUCUGGGGAACGAAGUCCAGAUGUGAGGGUCAACCCUGUUUUUUUGGAAAAACAUAAAAGUGAUGGACAUGGGCCUAGUGAACUGGACAGUGAAAAUAACAACGAACAGAAGUCCAGCACAGAGAUCCUAGCCAAUCAAAGCACUGGAAAUCAGUCAGCAAGUCGUCCUCUAGGUGGUGAGACAAACAGUAUGGUUACCAAAGGGGAUAGUCAGAAUUCUUCACGAUCGGAACGGGAGAGUUUGAAGGUGACCAAUGGGAAUGUUUUGGUUGGUGAUAUUGUCAUAGAGAAUGGAUAUAAGAACCAGGGUUUUGAGGGAGAUGUGGUGACAGAAUCAGCCACUCAGAGAACCACCAAUCAAACGACACAUGGCAGGGAUGGAGAACACACCUCGGUAAACAGUAUGGUGCAAUAUUUUGAUGGUAAAGUCACUGAUUCCCAACUUAUCAUUUCUCGAAACAAUAACAAUGAAUCAGAUUGGCCUGACCUUGAUGCUAUAACCGUGACAGUGGUAAAGGUAGCGGAUCCAAAUAAAGACCUGUGUGACCGUGACAACAGUGAUCCAGGGGAGAUAUCCGUGGAGACAAACUUACCCAGUGGUGAUGUGAAUCACAACACAUUUCAGGGUGAUGAUGAAAAAAACUUGAACAAAGUUGACGAUAAUUUUCAUUCGGAAUCCAAUGAAAAUGGCAUAACCUCGUUGGAGAAUGGUGACCUUGAUCUUAAAUCUGGUGUAUUAAAAGGGAAAGAGGAGAAUUCAAAAGAGUGGACACAGGUCAAUGGAAGUGAAGUAAAGUCUGUAAAGAAAAUCAAAGAAAGGAAAAACUCUGUGCCUGAGCAUAUUCAGAAUUGUGUAAGUGUGGACCGACCUAAAGGAAUCAAACCCAUUCUCGUGUCGGGAGUUUCAGUCGAGGAAGCUGAACCUACAGGUGAACAAUCUGAACAGAAAAGUGUUAAGUUCUCAGACGAUACUGUGUUUAACGAUGGCCGACCAAAUAAGUACCGACGUGACACAAAAUUGGUCAACCUUCGGGAUAUCUACAAAGGCAAGGUAAACAGUGAUUAUGGCCUGGCUAAGCCAAACCCCAUCUUUUUGGAUGACAGUGGUCUAGAGAACAGUCUAACUGAUGACGAGAAGGUAGCUCGCAAUUGGGGCCAGGUUAAAGGCUAUGUGGCAUUACCAACAUGCUUGAAUGACAACAUGACUUUGUCACCAAAACAUGAAAUUAUCCACAAUAAAGAUCUCAGGACGGACAAAUCGGAUGAGGCAAUUGACAUUGAAAGCGUUGGAACUGAAGAAAAGCCACGUUACGACCGGCUCAUUAAACGAACCAUUGCUAGGCAACGACGUAGUAAACUCAUUCGCCUUAUUUUUUCUUUCGUAACGUUCCUUGUUGUUAUUGCAGUCGUUGUUUUGUUGGUCAUAUACUUUGGGAAGUCGUGACAUUUUCUACUUCACGAUCAUUGUUAUCUGUGCAUCACUCGCCUGUUGUUAUACGUCGAAUAUUACGGUACUUACUGAAAUAUUGAUCAGGUUCACCAGUAUGUUAUUAUUAGUACUGUAAAGACACACCCAUUGUCUCCUUAAUCUCCACAGAGAGGUUCUUUAAAGCACAUGACAUUUUUUGUAAGCAGAUAACAAAUAAGAUCCCUUUUUCCAGCUAAGUCCUUAUCUUUUCUAAAAAGGUAGGACUGUGAAACCUAUUUAAUCCAGCCCUCCCCUGAGUAUUCUGACAUUCCAUCUAAUCCAACCCUGAGUAUUCUGACAUUCCAUCUAAUCCAACCCUGAGUAUUCUGACAUUCCAUCUAAUCCAACUUUGUGUAUUUUGACAUCUUCCUUAAUCAGACCUUAAAUACACGUAUGACUUGUGCUUUUGUAGAAAUUUAGAACUGUUUUACUGUCAAAUCAGUAAUCAGGGCCCGUGUACAUGAAAGCAUGGAUUCUGUGCUCAAGCCAACUUUAUUUUAACUCACUUAAAUCAUGUGAUACGAUCAAUAAAUCCUGUGUAGCCAUUAAAAACCAUAUUCAGUUUAAAAUCUCUACAAUUUCUUUUUCAUUUUUUUUACAAAAUAUGUUAUGUUCUUAAUUUAUCAUGGGAACAAGAUAUUGGGCUUGAGCACAGAGUCUGAGUUUGAGCAUGAGAACAGUUUCAUGAAUACAGGCCAUGGUGUUAUGAACUAUAGCUAAAACCUUGAGCAAAGACAAUAGGAUGUUGCACUAGUUCUCAUAACACCUUGAAUUCCCAGGUCUUCGUAUGGACUAGCGUCUCGCUGGUGUCCAGGAGGACACUAUCUCAGCACACCAGAUAAUGUACUGUUGUAUUACUUCUGUGUAUGUCGGAGUAUCAAAAAUCCAUCAAUCAUCUCAUUAUUAACCAUAAUGUCAGCAGAUAUAAGACUACUGUUUAAUUUGUCAAAUGUUGUUAAAUCAGGGAAUAAGAUAUUUGAUGAACAAUUUAGAAGAGAUUUAAUUAAUUUGCCAACAAUUUGAUGUAUCUGUUUGUUAUGCAUAUUGUAUUUAAAACUGAGUUUGUCUGACACAUUGUUCAGUUGACAACUACUGGUCACAUCAUGUUCUGUUAAAUCUCACCGAUCCACACCAUAUCGGUCACUACAACAUCCAAUGAUAAUGUUUUUGUUGAAGUUUAUUUUCAAUGGCUAUGCAUUGUAUAUAUAUAUUGUACAGAUACAUGUACUGCGACAUAGUUCUUCUGUACAGACUGAUCUAUAUUUUUUGUCAAUACAUGUAUAUGUAAAUGUGCUGUGACCUUAUUUAUCGGUAAUCAACCUAACAGUACUUUGUUGUCAACAAUUACUGGUGGUUUGACCUAGUUCCUCUGAACAGUUAUAAUCAUGACUUAUUUUUAAUAUCGUCAAAACGUGCUGUGACCUAGUUCUUUUAUGUUCAGUGACCUAGUUUUUUUGUCAACAAAAUCUUUUUUGUGACUGAUAUAAUUCCUGUAUGUACAGUUUCUAAGAUUAUUUUUGAUAAUAUGGUAAAGAUGUUGUUUCAGUGGUCAGACUUAUACAUUUUGCCAAAAAAGAAUGUUUUACUGCAUUUUGUUCCCCUGAAAUUCCAUUUAAACAUGACACUGAAAACAUGAGUUAUAAACAGGUAUAUAUUGAUACUGUAUUUGAUAUUAUGGCAGCAUCAUAUUCCAGAGAUAAUACAUGCUCUAUAUAUACAUUUAUAGUGCCUAUACUUUAGAUUUCCUCUGAUAUUGCAGAAGUCACUGAUCUCGUGAACACAGAUAUGAGCCUGGUUUAUUGAACUAUUGUUAGAUUCAUAAGCACUUAAAGAUCCUGUCCCACUGCAGGUAAAACCCCAUAGAACUCCACUGUAGGUAGUUUUUAGUUUCAUUUAAAAUGCUGCAGUACUUGUCCUGAACGGCUUAGUGGAUUUUAACUUAAUUUGGUCUGAAGCAUCCUUGGGCUAAGGACACUCAAU